UACCAAAAGACUAUAAAUCAGUUGAAUGAAAAUGAAUGUGUGGAUUUGCCUAACAAGCUUGCACUUCAAUACAAUGCUCGAUUGAAGGAUUUGAUGGCUGAGCUGAACGACAAUCUCCCUGGAGCAACGUUUGUCGUAGCAAAUGUGUAUGAUUUGGUGAUGGAACUCAUAAAGAAUUAUGAUAAAUAUGGAUUCACAACAUCAAGCAAAGCAUGCUGCGGAAAUGGGGGUCAAUUUGCAGGGAUAGUUCCAUGUGGACCCACUUCAAGCAUAUGCACAGACAGGUACAAGCACGUGUUCUGGGAUCCUUACCAUCCCAGCGAAGCAGCGAACCUAAUCCUCGUUAAGCAGCUACUUGACGGAGACAAGAGAUACAUAUCUCCUAUCAAUCUUAGGCAACUGUGGGAUCUUUCAUCUUAAU